AUGGUCGGUAGAUUCAUACCUCUCGACAAUACCCACAACAACAGACCCCCCAUGCCACCACCGCCUUUUCCAACGGGUCAUGGUGGUCCAAAUGAUCAAUCACACAGUCAAUAUGCACAGCGAGGUCAAGUAUUCCAUGACCAGGGUCACGCUAAUCCUUACUGGAGUCAAUAUACACCAUAUCAACCACCUCAGCAAUAUCCGCAACAACACCGUUACCAUAACGAACUCUCAAGUGCUCACAGUCCAGAGUAUCCACUUCGAUCUGACUACCCAAAUCAUUCUUAUCGACCGGAGUAUGAUAAUGCUUCUCAAAUGCAGCAUUAUCAACUUGAAGGUGAACACUAUCCGCCUCAAAGUCAGCUUACGUUCUCCACGUAUGGCCAGCCUAGUCAUUCUUUCAAUCAGCAAUUGCCAGCUUUUGCACCCGUCUCCACAUCAAGGCCCUUUGAAACACCUCAUCAACAGUACGGUAUCGCUUGUGUGCCAUCACUUCCCAUUCUUCGGAUGCCACCAUAUCAACGUCCUCUGAACCAAAGACAUUUCAAUGAUGAUACUGUUCCCAACAGAUCCGCUUCUCAUAAUAUUAGACCUGCUUUGCAGUCGCAGGGAAUGAGACACGUACGAUCUACUUCCAAUCUUCGACCUGCAGCUCCUCCCUUCCACCCGCAAAGAGAAUUUGCUGCUACAGCAGCAAGACAUAACACCUUGACUCCUGUCAUCCCUUUGAAUCCUCUUUACAAUAUACCAUAUCGUCCUCAACCUCGCCCCAUACAUCAAUAUCCAUCUCAGAAUGCCUUUCCAUUAGGUUCACGCUCAUUGUCAGUACCAUCAACAACCCCCUUAUCGUUAAAUUCGGGCCUUUCCGAAGCGCGGACUUCCGCAGGAGAGCGGACGAGUGGACAUGCAACGACGAGAGAUUUUGGACAGGAUAGAAGGAUCAUGAGGAAGGAGACAAGAUGGGCGCUGAAAGCUGGUGUACCUCUUACAUUAGCGCGGCAACAAGAAGCUGAUAGGAUGGCAAAAAGGAGAUAUAAUCGGGAGUUGGAACGAGCCCAACGAUCUCAAUCUGGUCAGCACCCCCUCGAUCACAUGGAUGAUACUUCUGCCGAAGCCCCGUCUAUCGAACGGAAAGCAUACAGCCCACUUUCAACAUCCUUGCCUUUAACAUGUACUUUUGAUUCAGUGCCAUCACAUAUUUCACCUCCAAUGAGUGAAACACCAAUCCUACCUACAUCUGAAACCUCAGCUGCUCAAUUAAAAACUCCGUCCCCCAAAACUCCUAUUUCUCAUAUCAAAGUCUCACCUCCAGCCAAAAUGUAUACCUCCCAUUCACUUGAAGGUCUACAGAGUCAUCAAGAGCAGCUAAUGGUCCCACCAGGUCGGCCAAUCGUCCUUACUGCGAAGCGUCAGCCAGACUAUCGCAAGAUGUUUACAAAACCCCCUCGACAUGCAGGUCCAUGCCCUCCUUGGCCUCUGGAUUGGCAGCCAUUUCAAUUCCUUCGGCAGCGACCGAUGGUUCCUCAGAGACCGCCGCCAGAAGAGAUUUCGUCGCGAUCGCUUGGUCAGAUUGAAGACUUGUCCGAUGAUGCGAAGGCAGCUGGAAAAGGGACUCAUUCCCGGCCCCUUAUCAUCCUAUCCAGUUCAUCUGAUAAAUCCGUUCUGGUCGAGUCUCUCCUACCACCGAUACCGUCGACCGGUAGAUCGGUACGCCGGGGUUCCACUGGAAGAGGGUCAGAUAGGUCUGAACAUGAACAGAAUUCUUCUUCAGAGGAAGAACCUAAAUCUCGGCAAAUCGGUCGACCACGCAGGCAAGCGGCCAUAAAAGGGAGGAAAAAUACACAAAAAUUGAUAAGUAAGUCGAGAAAAGAGAUGAAGCAAGACAGGCGCGAGGAAAAACAACACAAGAAGAGAAAGUAG